AUGGAAGCAAUCAGAUUCUCUUCUUUGUCAGCUCUUCUUGUACUCCUACUGUCACUGCCUCUCUCUGCGGUUUCAAAGGACCAAACUGUUUCUUGCACAAUGUGUGAGUCUUGCGACAAUCCAUGCAACCCUGUCCCAACUCUUCCUCCUCCUCCUCCUCCUACGCCUCCGAGCUCCGGUGGUGGGAGUGGAUCUUAUUAUUACCCUCCUCCAAGCUCCGGCGGUAGUAAAUACCCGCCUCCUUACGGCGACGGUGGACAAGGUUACUAUUAUCCGCCGGCUUCUUACGGAAAUUACCCGCCUCCGCCUAACCCGAUCGUUCCUUAUUUUCCGUUCUACUAUCACAUCCCUCCUCCGGGGGAUUCUGGAUCGGGUCGUUUAUUGGGUUCGUUUCUCCUUCCCAUGUUCUCCUUAUUUUUGCUCUGUUUUGUGUGA